GGGUUAGAGGACUUUGGAGUUGAAUUUUAUAUAUAAAUAAGUAGGUGGUGGUGCUCUAUCCCACCUUGUUAUGUGCAUAUUCUUAGGAACUCUAAGUCUCCCUCUGCCUCUCUCUAUAUCUCUAUAUCAAAAUUAAUUUGAGGCCUCCAGUUGUGGAGGAUCAAUUCCAAUUCCAAGUAGAUUUUGUUGGCAUUUGUGUUUUGUUGCAAAACAGAAAAUGGGAAGGCAACCUUGCUGUGACAAAGUGGGGUUGAAGAAGGGUCCAUGGACUGCAGAGGAGGAUAAGAAACUCAUCAAUUUCAUCCUCACUAAUGGCCAAUGUUGCUGGAGGGCUGUCCCUAAACUAGCAGGGCUGUUAAGGUGUGGCAAAAGUUGCAGGCUGAGAUGGACAAACUACCUGAGGCCAGACCUAAAGAGAGGCCUUCUAUCAGAAUAUGAAGAGAAAAUGGUCAUUGAUCUCCAUGCUCAACUUGGCAACAGAUGGUCCAAGAUUGCUUCUCAUCUCCCGGGAAGAACUGAUAAUGAGAUCAAGAACCAUUGGAAUACCCACAUAAAGAAAAAGCUCAAGAAAAUGGGAAUUGACCCUGUUACACACAAGUCACUUUCCAACACAACUGAACAAACUCAACCAGAUGAACAACCCCAUCAACCAAUGCAAGAACAACAUCAGCAACAAUCUUUCCCACUUGAGAAAGACCCGAAAUUUGAAUCUCAAAAUGAUCAAAACAAGGAGCAAGAGAAGCCAGAGACUUCAAUUGAAUCAUCAACCAUCACUGAAGCUAAGGAGGAAGAGCAAAUCAUGACACCUCUAUUUGACUCAAUGGAACUAAUGAAUGAGUUCUGCACUGAUGAAGUUCCCAUAAUAGAACCAAAUGAGAUUCUAGUACCCUCUGCUCCCUCCACUUCACCAACCACUACUACAACAUCAUCUUCAACAACGUCAUCUUCUUAUUCAAAUUCAUCCAACUUCCUUGAAGACCUGCUGCUACCAGAUUUUGAUGAUUACAAUGAUAAUAAUAUUGACAAUAACAAUAGCAGCAUGACCUUGUGGGAUGAUGACUUUAUUAGAAGUUUGAAUUGGCUUAUUAAUGAUGAUGAUGAUGGUGACAGAAACCAAGUGUUUGACGCUCCUCUAAAUCAGUACCCAAAAGUGAUCAUGGAUUCAGAAUCUUGGGCCUAUGGGUUGUUUUGAUUUUUUUUUUUUUUUUUUUUUUUUUUUUUUUUUUUUUUUUUUACUCCCCACUGCUUACUUGUAUUGUGCUUGUAAGUUGUUGCAAAGAAUAAACGGUAAAUCAGGAUUUAAACAGAACCUCAUAUCUUAUUUAGUAUAUUAUUCACUA